AUGGACUUCCUUGUGGAGUUGAACAUUAUUACAAUCAGAUCAGGAACGAGAAGUGCCUCGCCAUCUGAAAACUCUAUUUGCAGUGUUCUAUCUGUCCCUUUGGAUCGACUGGCAAAAUCUCCAGGAGCUUCGACUUGCCCCCAGCUCGCGCCAUUAACAACCAAGACAAGGAAUGUAUUCCCCAAUAUAAUCGUCAUUUGGGAAGAGUUUGAAUCGUGGACGAAUGUGGGCAGGACGGCUUUGGCCGGCAAAGCAUCAAUGAUGUGCGAAAUUUUUUAUCAUGUGAACUCAGGUACUGUUACCGCUCACAGAGAUGGAGGUGAGCAGCCUUUGGCCAAGAUUGCAACCCACAACGCCGUUUACGCACUUCACGACGCGGCCUCAAUCAGAGCUUAUCUGCUUGUUCUUGGCACGAAGGUCAACCGUUUUUGUAAGGAGACUAACUUGAUGAUGUAUAUUUUGGUCCAUGUGUUGGGUGAAGAUGCUCAGUGGAUAAAUGUGGAGCUAAGCUUUCCUAACCCUUCAGAAGAUGAUUGGGUUGGAGUUUUCUCACCUGCAAAAUUCAAUUCAUCAACCUGUCCCCCUGAGGGCAAUCCUAGACAACAGGCUCCUUAUAUAUGUUCUGCACCAAUAAAGUACAAAUACGCAAAUGACUCCAGUUCUGAUUAUACAAAGACAGGCAAUGCAUCUUUGCAGUUCCAGCUAAUUAAUCAGCGGGCUGACUUCUCUUUUGCAUUAUUUUCAGGGGGGUUCUCAAACCCAAAACUGGUGGCCAUUUCAAAUGCUAUUACUUUUGCAAAUCCUAAGGCGCCCCUUUAUCCACGCCUUGCUCUAGGGAAAUCUUGGAACGAAAUGACAGUAACUUGGACGAGUGGCUAUAACAUUGAUGAAGCUGUUCCAUUUGUUGAAUGGGGACUGGGGGGAGAACAUCAAAAACAGUCACCUGCUGGAACAUUGACAUUUCACUGAAACAGCAUGUGUGGUAUAAUCAACUUCCUAGUGCUGGCACUUAACAUUUUCCCCAUAAUAAUUUCCAAAUGUAGAAUCUGAAUAAUAUAUCGGGCUUGAGAAAGACACUGAAUGAUCAUCUCCCUGGCCUUGCUAAGUUGUUAACCUCAAAUGAAUCUCCUUGCAGUAUAUUGUAUAUGUGUGUGUGCUAACUAUUGAAAGGUCAUGUAUUGUAUUUAACAAGUAUGACUGUAUGAGACUAUUGAAAGGUAGUCAUCUCUUGAUCUUAAAGUGCCUGUGGUGCUGGGAUUUUGUUAGUCAACUUUUAGCCCUUGAAGUUAUCUCCCUAUUACCAAUCAAUUCAACUUCACUUAACUCAACAAAACCUUGUCUCAACAUUUUUAGGGUGGCUACAUAAAUCUUAUUUUGCCGUUGUGCUUUAUUGAGAGCCGUGUUUUCUGCUAACCUAAGCUAUCAUAUGUUUUUCUACUAUUUCACUUAAAGUUAACUUUGAUCUUCUUUUACCUCUUAAGUUUACCUUCAAUAAUUAUCAUAUCAAUCUUUCUCACCGGUGCCUUAGUAGAUUGUCUAUAGAUAUGUCUAAACCACCUAAGUCGAUUCUCCCUAAAUUUAUUUCCUAUAUGUACUACAUCCACUUUUGCACAAAUUUAUUCGUUCUUAAUUUUAUCUUUUUUAAUUUUACCACGCAUUCCUCUUAACAUUCUUAUUUCUGCCACACUUAAUUUUUGAUUGUGUUGUUUCUUUAUUGUCCAACACUCAGUACCAUAAGGCAUAACGGAUUUUAUGGUUGUUCUAUAGAAUUUUUCUUUUAGCUUAAAGAGUACGCAUCUAUCACAUAAUACUCCAGAUA